CUUAGCUGCUGAAUCAGAAAGCAUUAUAGCAGAAAGUGUUUCUAUAGAUAAAUUAGACUUUGAUUUAGAAUUAAAGCUUUUUUUUAAUAAUAUUAGCUUUGACAAGGCACAUAAAUUAAUAGAAGCAGAAGAAGAA